GAUUGGGCAGGGCGGCGGCGCUCACCGGCUCGCUCCUCGGAGACCGCCCGGGGCUGGAGGCGAAGCGGGAGCUCUUCCUCCGGCUCCCCACGCCGCGGGCGUGGGAGGGAGCGACCCCGGGGACGCGUCCAUGCAGGCGGCCGGCAGCAGCUCUGCCUCAGCGGGAACCCUCCCGGGCAUCCCCGGCCCCGGUCAGGGACUGGUGGCGCUCUAUGGCUAUUGCUACCAGGACAGCAAUGACAUCCCAGACACGCUGACAACCAUCACUGAGCUGGGCUCGCCUUUAGAGAUGAUUCAGCUUCUACAGACUUCCUGGGAAGACAGAUUUCGGAUAUGUCUCAGCUUAGUUCGGCUUCUGCAUUACUUGGCUCACUCUCCUCUUGGCUCGGUGACAUUACUGGAUUUUCGCCCUCGGCAGUUUGUGAUUGUGGAUGGGGAGCUGAAGGUGACAGAUCUGGAUGAUGCCAGUGUUGAGGAGAGCUCUUGCACUAGUAACAGUGACUGCUUCAUGGAAUUCCCUGCAAGAAACUUCACCCUGCCCUGCUCAGUUGAGGGACGGUGUCAGAGCAUGAAUGAAAAGAGGAAUCUCUACAAUGCCUACAGGUUUUUUUUUACCUAUCUUCUUCCACACAGUGCUCCAUCCUCACUGAGACCAUUACUGGAUAAGAUAGUCAAUGCAACAGGAGAGCUUCACUGGGGAAUAGAUGAGACAGCUGCUCAGCUGGAGAGAGUUUUGAAUCUGUAUAAGAGUGGGGAGUACCUGCAGAACACAACCCGGGUGCCGAAAACUGAGUACAGACGGGUGCCUGAAGCCUUUAUUCCUGAUGAGAACUACAGAUGCUGGCCAUCCUACCAUCACAAGGGCUGUCUCCUCUCUGUGUUUGAUGUCAACGAAGCCAUUGAGAUCUGUGACAGCUACUCCCAGUGCAAAGCUUUUGUCCUAACUAACCAGACGACUUGGACAGGUCGGCAGCUUGUCUUCUUCAAGAUGGCCUCAAAUCAUAUUGUGCCUGAUCCUGACAAGAUAACGUAUGUGAAGGUGACAGACUGACACCUAAAAUGGCUCAGUCUGACACGUGAGUGAUAAGAGCUGUUUGUGUAUAAAUAUAGGCAGCUGUUAGGUAGAAGGCAGCUGUGGCCGGAGAAAUAAUUGCACUAUUACUCAUUCUAAUCUAUAGAGUGCUAAAGGAAACUUUAAAGAAGUAACCUGCAUGACCAGGAUGAAUGUGCAAUAAAACAAGAUUUUGAAAAUGUGAUUUAAAAAGAAAACAAAACAACCCAAAGCAAAGUACAAGAGAUGAUACACUGUUAGAGUAUAAUUUUAGUUAUAAAUCAGCUGGCAGCUCUGGCUUUUCUAACCAAGGUUAGCAUAACAUUUCUGACCUAUACAUGUGUGUCCAGGGAUGAAAGCUGAUCAUUUCUCUGGGAAACCUGUAUCCUCCACACUGAUAUUUAUUUGGGCACGUACAAUCACAACAGAGGAACUGAAGCGUAUCAGUUUGUCUGCUGAAUAGCAAACGUUACUGAGGACAAUCAGCAUUUGUGUUAAAGCUAUGGAAUAUGCAAUGCCGGCAUAUUUGUCAAACGGAAGGAAUUGCUUAUGUUUAGAAUUGCAAGACUGCAACUAAUUUUCAUUUUUGCUUCCAAUGUUAUCAUAAAGUUUCAUUUUUAAUUUGAAAGAGUCAUUUUGUAAUCUAGCAAAUCACAUAAGCAUAUGAAUAGUCCUACUGAAAGGGCAGGGACUUACCCAAGUGCCAUGUGCUUUGCUGGAUAGGCCUAAGCAUAUGCUUACAAUUAAGCCUGUGCUUAAGACUUUUGUUGAAUCAGUUCGAAUUGUUCAGGAAGCCACAUCUUUGACAGGCUGGCAAAGCAGUCCAACUGGUUGAACUGUACUAGUUUAAUGACUAUCUUGCAGUUAUUUGUACCUUUUAUCAUCAGGUCCUUGGUUUUCUAAGGCAUCGCUUGCUGAUUCUUAGAGUGAAUGAAGUGAAUGACCUUAAUGAUGUCAAAUGAAUGCUAGCCUUAAUUCUAUAUAAAAUGCAUCUUAAAGGCAGGGUGUGUCUAGAGAAUUUGCUUUCAGUGAAAGCAAUGAAGUAAAUGCUGAAGUGACCAAUGUCAUACUGUUUUGUAGUUUGUACAGUCAGGAAAAAUGUGCUUUUGUUUCUCAAAUUGUUUAUUUUUGUAAAAAAAUAAAAAUAAAAGAUAAAUAUAAUUUCUUUUAUUCUU